CACGUCAGCAGCCUAACAAGUCGUUAACUCUAUCAAGAUGCACUUCGACGAGCUGAUGAAGCUGCUGGGCGAAUUUGGACGCUACCAGAAAACCCGAUUCUUCAUGAUCUGUCUCUUCUCCGUGGUGUCCGCUUGGCAUGCGCUCAACAUGGUGUUCAUCGGAGCCGCUCCUUCUUUCCACUGUAAGAUCUCCGGGUACAAUUUGUCUGGGACAGACAUGGAGAACACGACGCUGUCAGAGAGGGUCAGUCUGCUCGUGCCGAGGGGCGAGCAGUGCUACCAGUAUGAUGUGGAUCUGAUGCUCGAGGACAAGAAGUCCUGGCUGUACAACGCAAGUUUGUUGGGUGAAAUGUCAAAGGUCAAUCGGUCGAGGCGGAUUGUGUCCUGUCGUCAUGGGUACGAGUUUUCUAGGAAGGAUUAUACAGAAACAAUAACAUCUGAGGUAAAGGGGAUAAGUAUAACAGCUGAGUUAAGGGGGAUAAGUAUGACAUCUGAGGUAAGGGGCAUAAGUAUAGCAUCUGUGGUAACAAGGGAGAAGUAAAACAUCUGAGUUAAGGGGAAUAAAGAUACUUUUUGAGGUAAGGGGGAUAUACAUAACAUUUGAAGUAAGGGGAAUAACCCGGUUUUAAAGGUCUUCCGAUAGCUCUAUUUAAAGUCUUGUACAAUACAUUCCACCGGUUGGCAAAGUAGUUGGCUCAACGUUGUUUCAUAUUAAUAAAAAUGUUCUAGAGUAGAGUGUUAACAUUUUUUUGUCAAUGCUGCUUAUGAUUUCAACAGCCUGCCCCCUCCCCCCUCCCCAGUAGUGGACGUUCAAUUAACAUUUAGUCAUAUUCUCAGUUUGGUCUUGUGUGCGGGGAGAAGUUCUGGAUAAGAACGUCCAAGUCAGUGUUCUUUGCCGGAAGACUUACUGGGGCUGUGAUAUUUGGACAGUUGUCAGACAAGUAUGUCUUUUAAUGAAUGAAUGUCUUGCCUUUUUCAGUUGAAUCUCUUUCAGACUUUCAAUUUUGUUUUAGAAUAAAGUUAGUUUUAAUAAUAUUAAUCAUUAUUUAAUUAUGAAUACAUUUAAUUUCAAUUUCUUUUUUAAAAAUUUAAACAGAGGAGAUACAAAAAAAUCAUAUAAUAUACAUUGUAACAACUACAGAUAUUCGUCUUAUCUUAAUUUUUUUUUUUCACUUGUAUCUUAUUAUAAUUUCUUACCGUAUUAUUUUCCACUGUUUUGAUAGUGUAAUUGUUCUAAUCUUAUUUUCCUUUCCUUAAGUAAUGAGUUCUUUUUCAAUUAAUCAAGUUACCAGAUAGUCGUAAUCUUAUUAUUUUUUUAAUCAUUCAUAUAUUUAAAAAAAAAAAUGAACUUGUCAUCUUACAUUCACGUUAGAUUUGGACGCAGACCGAUGUUCUUUGUAGGUUGCCUCCUGCUCCUGAUCUCGGGCACAGUUGCCUCUUUUGCGCCCAGUAUGUACAUCUUCCUGCCCAUGUAUUUUUGCCAAGGUGCUGCUCACACGGGGGCCUUUUUGGUCGCCUACACUCUUGGUAGGUAUCUUAACAACUGAAGAAAAGUCAUUAUACUCAACAUAAUGCACUUUUGGUAAAGUUUUAAAAUUAUGAAUUAAGGGGCUAUAGAAUCAAGUGUUUCGACUAAGUCAUGUGACUUAAGUUCCUAACUAUAACGUCUCGCAGAACAAAUAAGUUAUUUUUCUGGCAUUGUGCCGAGGACCUAGGUACAUAUUUAAACUUAUCAGAAAGUUACAUCUAUUUCUCUUAUACUGAUUACCCUAAAAACUGUUCACUCUCCUAGUCCACUGAUUGAGUUAAGCAUCCGACUUAUACCCCAAGCUUUUUCACUUAUUUGAAUGUGGCCGGAACGGGUCUAAGGACUUCACUAUCAGUACCAUCGUGUACUGUACAAACACAGCUAACCGGUUAAAUUCGGAAAAAAAAGAUGAUCCAGACUUGACACCAAGAGACAUGAAUGUCAUAUUCUCAUUUACAUGUUAAACUUUUUCUCAACCAUGCAUCGUCACGAUCAAUCACUGUGGACUUACCUUUAUUCUCGUCCUCUACUUAAGUUCUGUCACAUCCCUCUUGCUGUCCUCUCACCUACUUAUGUUCUGUCACAUUCCUCUUGCUAUCCUCUAGCCUACUUAAGUUCUAUCACAUUCAUCUUGCUGUCCUCUCACAUAUUUAUGUUCUGUCACAUUCCUCUUGCUGUCUUCUAGCCUACUUAUGUUCUGUCACAUUCUUCUUGAUGUCCUUUCAACUUCUUAUGUUCUGUCACAUUCCUCUUACUGUCCUCUCGGAUACUACUUUACAGCAAAGUGUUUUUUUCCUCCUUUUUCCUGUUGUUUUUUUUUUUUGCUGACGAAGGCUUCUUGCCGAUACGUUUGUAGAUUUAUGCUGUGUUCUUAUUUUCAUGUUUUCAAAUAUUGUGUUUCCUUUAUUUCUAAUUAACUUAGACGGUGUCAUUAACUGAAAUGUCAUUGUAUAUUUUUUUAAAAUAAUUAAACUAUUUGCUUAACUUGCUGAACCUUUGAAUGUUCAUAUCCAUAGCAACAGAGCUGGUGGGUCCCAAGUAUCGGGUGGUAGCAGGAUUCGUUAGUCAGGGAUUUUACAGCAUUGGUUUCAUGUCACUGGCUGGUAUCGCAUACUUCAUCCGAGAAUGGCGAUAUCUGGAGAUAGCGAUUACUCUUCCCGUCAUUCUAUUUAGUCUCUAUUGGUUGUGAGUAUUUCAAUAUCUUUUUUAAAUUUUUGACAUCUGCAAAGAUUUUUCUUUUCUUUUUUAAAGUAAAUGUUGUUUUUUAGCUAAACCACUGAAUGAACAUUUUUUCCCCCUGUGAUGGUGCUUUAAAUACGGAGCAAUUAAAAAAAAUAUGAUUUUUACUAAAUAACAAAUAAUGUAUAGAAGUAGAAAUGUAAUCUAUAAAUAAGUCGGAUAAUUUUGUUGCACAGCCUCUUUGAUUUCUUUCAUCUUGCUAUAUGAUAUCGUUUAAGCUCUUUGCCCCACAGUAUCAACCGAACUGAUCAUGUGCGUCUCAUGCGUUGGUGGGGCGCUCAAAUCCACGUGUUUCCCGGUGUUUUAAUCCGCCUGCCUGCAACACUCAACAUAAACACAAAUCUGACGAUCCCAAGCAACACUAUUUUUUUUACACACAAAAAACGCCAAUAAUAGCAAGAUGAAAACAAUUCUUAAAGUGUGAACCAAAACCACACCCCAUCAGAAAAAGUAUGGGAUGUUUUGACAACAGCCACUUGACUUGCAUGACAAAAAUCUUUCUAUUAUAAACGUAUUUCCUUCCGGACAGUUUUCUUCCUGAAUCCGUCCGAUGGCUCAUAUCUCACGGACGUGAGGAAGAAGCUGAGCAAGUUAUAAACCGGGCAGCCAGAGAGAACGGCGUGACACUGCGAGGGGACGUGUUCAAAUCUCUGAAGGAAGAGACAGCGUCACUGCCCGCCAGGCAGUACUACAUUCUGGACUGUGUUCGUACCUGGAAGAUGGCGCGUAUCUCUCUAAACGUUUGGUUCAACUGGUGAGUGGUUGUUUGGGAAACAAUUUACUGCAUUAUGUGAUACAAAAAGUUACAGAAAUGAGAAAUUAUGAUACUUUAUUUUUUAUGGCGAAUUUAAAGCAUAAAAUAAUGUUUUAUUUUUUUUUUAAUUUAUAAAAGAAAAAAAAAGAAUUAAUUAAUUUUAAUUUAUUGCUUGCAAAUAAUCGGAAAAUUUUGAAAAAUAAUUCUGACCAGGUGUUGUCAAAGAAAAUCUUUGUAAUCUCUUGAAACUUUUAAUGAAUGAAACGAAUUCAUAAGAAGGCGCUAGCACUUUUACUAAAAUUGUACAUUAGGAAAUGGUGUCAGCAAGUCCUAGAAUUGGUAGAUAAGCUCUUUAGCAGUUUCACUAAAAUGCUUUAACUCUCAAGUGGCUGAAAUUGACCAUUGAAUCACGUAACUUUUAAUCUUGUAUUGCAGGCUGGUCAACUCCCUGGUGUAUUAUGGCCUGUCACUUAACACUGAAAAUCUGGCAGGUAAACUCAGUUCAGUGGCUCGUUUCAUAUUUCCAGAUCAAAAUUAGACCGAAUCACAAACUCCAGUCAAUAGUUUAGUUUCCAAGGUCCAUUUUAUUGAAAGAAUUCAUCCGCAAAUUCUUAAAUUAGAAACUUAUUAAAACAAACUAAUUCUUCUUCUAAUAGCUUUUUAUUACGACUGGGGAAUAGGGCGCCCACAAGAAUUUCCAUUCAUCACGGUCCUGUGCUUUAACUUUCCGGUUGCUUUCAGAUGUAUCCCAUGCUGUGCGUGCCUGCCUCUAGUUCGCGUCGCCAUGUAUGCUUUGACCUUUCUCUCUUUCUUUUUCCCUGUGGACUCCAUGUUAGGGUUUGUGUGGUGAUGCUAUCAAAAAUCGGUGGGUACACUGUAGAAGGGCUUAAUGUAGAAGGGCAUAAUGUAGAGGGCACACUGUUGGGGGCACACUGUUGGAGGGCACUCUUUUGGAGGCCCCACGGUAGAAGGGAACACUGUUGAAGGGCACAUAGAGGGAAAUCUGUUGGAUGGUACACGGUAAAAGGUAACAUGGUAGAAAGGACACUGUAGAAGGGUACAUUUUUGAAGGGCAUUCUGUUGGACGGCACGCGGUAGAAGGGCACACUGUUAGAGGGCACACUGUUAAAGGUCACACUGUCAGAGGAUCCACGGUAGAAGGGAACACUUUUGGAGUGCGCAAUGUUGAAGGGCACACUGUUAGAGGCAACAAUGUUGGAGGGAACACUGUUAGAGGACAAACUCUUAGAGGGCGCACCGCAGAAGGAAACACUUUUGGAGAGCACACUGUAGGAGGGAACACUGUUGGAGGGCACUUGGUAGAAGGGAAAACUAUUGAAAGGCACACUGUUGGAGGGCACACUGUUGGAGGGCACACUGUUGGAGGGCACACUGUUGGAGGGCACACUGUUGGAGGGUGCACUGUUGGAGGGCACACUGUUGGAGGGCGCACUGUUGGAGGGCACACUUUUAAUUAGUACAAUCCCAUAGUCUUCUUAUUUGUUAUAUUGUUAGGAACAAACGAAGUGUAUACUUUUAAAAGCAUUUAUAAAUAACGUAUUACUGGCUGAUUCAACUUCGUACCAAUAAAUGUCUUUUUUUAUCAUAUACUAAGUGUUGAGGAUGCUUAAAAUAGACUGAUAUUUUCCGCUUCUUAAGCUUCUAGUCUAACACGAAUUGUAGGGGCAAUAAAUAUUAUAUAAACUACAAUAGAUUAGGAUUGCUUACAUUAGCUCCCUUUACUAAUAUAUUUUCCAAUGAAUUGAAAUAAUAAAUUUACACAAUUAAUGAGGAAAAUGACGGCACACAAUUAAUGCACACAAUGAAUGCGUUCAAUGAGUACUCUCACUGUUUAACUUAGAAUGGAACUCUUUGUCCCAGGAAACCCUUAUCUUAACUUCUGCGUGGCGGGAGCCGUUGAGAUUCCAGCUUACGUCAUCUGCAUCGCCGUGUUGAACAAAGUGGGGCGCCGCUGGCCGCUCAUCUUGUCGAUGUACAUGGGGGGCGUGGCUUGCAUUCUGUCCGGGUGCAUCCCUGUGGAUGGGGACCAAAGUGAGUACGAUCUUUAUUUGAGACAGGCAAUCUAAUGCUAAGUCUGAGGCUGCCCUUGGCAAGCAAUAUAUUGCUAAGUCUGAGGCUGCCGUUGGCAAGUAAUAUAUUGCUAAGUCUGAGGCUGCCGUUGGCAAGCAAUAUAUUGUUAAGUCUGAGGCUGCCUCAGAAUUAACAAUAUAUUGCUUGCCCACGGCAUUCUCAGAUUUAGCAAUAUAUUGCUUUCCCACGGCAGUCUCAGACUUAGCAAUAUAUUGCUUUCUAGCGGCAGUCUCAAACCUAGCAAUAUAUUGCUUGCCAACGGCAGUCUCAGACUUAGCAAUAGAUUGCUUGCCAACUUGCCUAUAGUGCUAAGUCUGAGACUGCAGAUGGCAAGCAAUAUAGUGCUAAGUCUGAGACUGCCUUUAUCAAGCAAUAUAUUGCUAAGGUUGAGAUUCAUCUCCAGCAUUUGAGACGCGAACAAUCAAUGUAUUGCCGACAAAUGGUUCUAUGUUUAUAACUGUUUUAAAAAGUACAUAUAGGUUUUCAUUAAAGGUUGUUUUUUUUUAAUUUUUCUUUUACUACGAUAUUACAACUCAUCAUAAGUUUAUCAUUCAUUUUUAAAAAAGGAUUUUUAAAACUGUUCUAAUAAUGACGGUACAUAACAUACAUCUACUGAUUCGAUCAUUAAAAGUGGUUGUUAUGACCACGGAAAGGUUGGAUAGUGGGCUAAUUUAGUAUCUGACAGACAGUAGCAACAUUAUGGUCCAGUUUUGUAUGUGAAUAUAGUAGCAACAUUAUGGUCUAGUUUGGUAUGUGACAGACAGUAGCAACAUUAUAGACUAGUUUGGUAUGUGACAGACAGUAGCAACAUUAUAGACUAGUUUGGUAUGUGACAGACAGUAGCAACAUUAUAGACUAGUUUGGUAUGUGACAGACAGUAGCAACAUUAUAGACUAGUUUGGUAUGCUAGUUUGGUAUGUGACAGACAGUAGCAACAUUAUAGACUAGUUUGGUAUGUGACAGACAGUAGCAACAUUAUAGACUAGUUUGGUAUGUGACAGACAGUAGCAACAUUAUAGACUAGUUUGGUAUGUGACAGACAGUAGCAAAAUUAAGGUCUAAUUUGGUAUGUGACAUAUAGUAGCGACAUUAAGGUCUAGUUUGGUAUGUGGCAGACAGUUAAAAAAUUAUGGUCUAGUUUGGUAUGUGACAGACAGUAGCAACAUUAUAGACUAGUUUGGUAUCUGACAGACAGUAUCAGCAUUAUGGUCUAGUUUGGUAUGUGACAGACAGUAGCAACAUUAUAGACUAGUUUGGUAUGUGACAGACAGUAGCAACAUUAUGGUGUAGUUUGGUAUGUGGCAUACAGUAUCAGCAUUAUGGUCUAGUUUGGUAUGUGGCAUACAGUAGGAACAAUAUAGACUAGUUUGGUAUGUAACAGACAGUAGCAACAUUAUGGUCUAGUUUGGUAUUUGGCAUAUAGUAGCAACAUUAUGGUCUAGUUUGGUAUGUGACAGACAGUAGCAACAUUAUGGUCUAGUUUGGUAUGGGGAAGAUAGUAGCAACAUUAUGGUCUAGUUUGAUAUGUGGCUGAUAGUAGCACUUUAUGGUAUAGAUUAGUAUGUGGCAGAUAGUAGCAACAUUAUGGUCUAGUUUGGCAUGUGACAGACAGUAGCAACAUUAUGGUCUAGUUUGGUAUGUGGCAUAUAGUAGCAACAUUAUGGCCUAGUUUGGUAUGUGACAGACAGUAGCAUCAUUAUGGUCUAUUUGGUAUGUGACAGACAGUAGCAACAUUAUGGUCUAGUUUCGUUUGACAGACAGUAGCAGCAUUAAGGUCUAAUUUGGUAUGUGACAUAUAGUAGCGACAUUAAGGUCUAGUUUGGUAUGUGGCAGACAGUUAAAAAAUUAUGGUCUAGUUUGGUAUGUGACAGACAGUACCAACAUUUUGAUCUAGUUUGUUAUUUAGCAGACAGCAGCAACAUUAUGGUCUAGUUUGGUAUUGACAGACAGUAGCAACAUUAUAGACUAGUUUGGUAUGUGACAGACUGUAGGAACAUUAUGGUCUAGUAUAGUAUGUGACAGACAGUAGCAACAUUAUGGUCUAGUUGGGUAUGAGACAGACAAAAGCAAAAUUAUGGUCUAGUUUGGUAUGCGGCAGAUAGUAGCAACAUUAUGUUCUAGUUUGGUAUGUUACAGACAGUAGCAACAUUACGGUCUAGUUUGGUAUAUGGCAGAUAGUAGCAACAGUAUGGUCUAGUUAUGUAUGCGAGAGGCAGUAGGAAGAUUAUUUGCCAUUUCGAUUAAUUUCUAGUAAUUUAAAAAUGGAGCAGGAUAUUUGUGUUCAAAUAUCUAAAAAAGUCCAAAAAUGACUUUGGUACAUGCUGCUUCGUCAGUUACUUCACCAACUGGGCAACAAUAUGUCUCAGGUGUUAGCAACAUUCCUUUGAAUGGAACAGUUAUCAUUAUUUUAAGCUCGUACAUACUCUAAAGAUGCAGGUCAGCUGAAGAGAUCGCCGAGGAAUAAUAAUUUAAAUAUAAACUUCCGCAUUCCUUUUACUUAAGUAAUUAUUUCGGGGAAAAUAUUCACGCCAAAACUACUAAUGUCUGCAUACCAACAUCCAUCCCUACUUCUACUAAUGUCUGGAUACCAUCACCCCUCCCAACUUCUACUUAUCUCUUCAUACCAUCAUUACUACCUAAACCCUCACGUUCAUAUCCUGAUCAUUCUAAACGACCAAGUGUCGUAAGCGACCGUGAUGUGUUUUGUAUUACAAUAAUAAAUAUUAAAUCAAUGUUGUAAUGUUGACCUUGUCUUCACCAGCGAUGGAAACCAUCACUGUCAUUCUAGCCAUGAUAGGAAAGUUUGGCAUAACAGCUUCAUAUGCAAUUAUCUAUCUGAUGGCUGCUGAACUGUUCCCAACUGUAAUAAGGUAGAAUUCGUUGUUUGUUUUUGUUUUUUGAAAGGGACUUUUAUAGUUUUCUUAAAAUCUUUCUAACGAAUUAAAAUUUAAUUUGUAAUAACACUAUUUACUUGCCAAACUUCUCCAGAUUCAAGUUCAAAUAUUAACCCAUACACUAAUUUCUUUUUGUAACAUGUAAUUAACUAAUUUCUUUUUUUUAAACAUAUAACUCAAUAUCAUUACUAAGAAAACAAAUUUUUUUUAAUGUACAUUGAGUUCUAGUCAAUUUUUUAAAAAAAAUUGAUUAGUAAAGGAUUUAAGGUGAGGAUAGAAUAUGAAAUAGGACGACCUCGAAAGACAGAAGUAAAUUCAAUAACUAAUAUGUUUACUUUGUAUCUGCAAGUGUUAUUUCACGUUUUGCCUUUCAUGGAUAAUCGAAAUGGAUUGAUUUAUGCUUUUAUAUUAUCCAUUGGAUCGACAGAAAUAUAGGUAUGGGUGUGGCCUCAAUGUCAGCGAGGAUUGGUGGGAUCUUGGCACCCAUCAUCCUUGACCUGGAAGUGAUCUCCAAGCCCCUUCCUCUGGUCCUGUUUGGUGGCCUGGCACUGUUCGCUGGAUCUCUGGCCAUACUGCUUCCCGAGACUGCUGGUAAACCACUGCCCCAGUUGCCUGAAGAUGUCGACUCAGGAAAGUCGUGGUGAGAAUGGAAAGCGACAUUUUUGUAUGAUACUAAUGUUAAUAUUGGAAUAGUGCAAUGUAUCUGAGCUAAAAACAAACCUGGAAAGAUUUAACUGACACUCUUUGAACGAUUUUUGAACGUGAGACAGAAAGAUUUAGAUUGGUCAGCAUUUCUGAACGUGAGACAGAAAGAUUUAGAUUGGUCAGCAUUUCUGAACGUGAGACAGAAAGAUUUAGAUUGGUCAGCAUUUCUGAACGUGAGACAGUGAGACUCAGAUUGGUUAUUCUUCCUGAACGGGUGACAGUAAAAUUUAGAUGGGUAAGUCUACCUGAACGUGAGACAAUGAAAUUCUAAUUGGUCUUUAUUUCUGAAUGUAAGACAGGAAGAUUCAGAUGUACAUGUCAGUAAAGCUGUACACUGGAUUAUAUGUGUACACAUGUGUCGAUUACGAUCGUUGAUUAUAAAUUUUUGGACAAAACCAUGGACUAAAACUGGUAGCGGUGGAGAUUUCUGAAGAGCAGACAACGAUCAACCUUAUGCUUUGUUUUUAAAGAUAUUAAAUUAUUGAUAUGUAUUUGCUCGGUCUUCUAAACGUUACAUCAUUUUUGUUUUCAGCCAUGACGCACUAUGCUGCAGGAGAAGACAGCGUUUCCAGCUUGACACAGAGCUGCAGGACAAGACAGUUAUAUGAACCCUUGUUGAUAUUAUCCAAUGACUGUUUCCAAUAGUUCCACUGUCAAACAUUCCUCAAGUGCCACCAACAAUAAAAACACAAGCAUUAAGCCUUGCGGGUACAAAGCAGAGAUUACUGCCAUGUCAAUCUGAUAUUUACAAACGAUCGUGAAAUUAAAUUUAGGAGAAACGUAUUUCUUUGAAGGCAGCUUUUCUAUUUAUAUUAUUUAUUCAAACUUUUAUGCCAUUGUAUUGUAAAGUAUAAAU